AUGGCAUCUGCUGCUGCUGGGUCCUCAUUGCUAUACGAAGUGCUGGGAAUCCCGACGAGCGCGAGCGGCGGGGAGAUAAAGGCAGCGUACUGCCGGCUAGCGAGAAGGUGCCACCCAGAUGUGGUGUCCGUGAGCCGGAGGGAGAUGUCGGCCGACCAGUUCAAGAAAAUCCAUUCCGCAUACUCCACGUUGUCGGAUCCCGAUCAGCGCGACGAUUACGACAGUCGUUGCUUAACUUCGAUUCGGCCCCCGCGCCCGGUUACUCUGCAGCUUUCUACGGCGGCCGGAGGAACUGGGGAAACCGAUCAGUGUUGGGAGUGUUUUAAUUUUUAUAUGGAAUAUCAGGUGGUGUAUAAUUAUGUUUUGUAA